UCGUUGAGAAAGAAUUUUUUUAAUGUGCCGUGCUAUUUACGUGCUCUCGGGUUAAUAUAGCCAGCGCCUUGCCCAGAAAAACCACAAAAGUACCCAAGCUAUCCAAGUAUGCGAUCGGCUCUUUGACAAAUUGACCGGACGGAAAAUAGAGACUUUUAACCAGGUUAUCGCGCGCGAAAAAGUUAUUACAGUAUUGAAGUCCGAUUUUUGGGGAUUCGCUGAUUCGCUUACCGAUUACUUUAUUGCGGCAUCGUUCGCGCCUGCUCUUUUAAUCUAUGGAAAAAAACAUGAGCUUCAACCAAGUGAGCGAGAAUCGCAUCGGCUUUUGUGAGUGGUGAAUUAAAAAAAGAGAAGUAGAAGCAAAAAGAGGAAGAAUAAGCAGAGGGAGGGAGAGAGAGAGAGAGAGAGAGAGAGAGAGAGAGAGAAGAGGGAUUUAUUUGAUAAAUACAAAAAGUGGAGACCAACGGAACGUGAUAUCAUGGUGGCUAUGGAGCACAAGAGGAAGCCAUCCUGGGAUUCCAAGAUCUCGGUGAGUACGGUGAGCACGAGGCGCUUCAGCAGGGCGGGGACGCCCAGCUCCAUCCUCUCCUCGGACAGCGACAUCCGGUUCACGAGGAAGCUUGGCAGCCAGUACAGGUGCGGCUGCUGCGUACUCGCUGCCUUUCUACUCUUCCUACUCUUCGCCGGAGUCUCCAUUUACCUCGGAUACACGUUUCUGCAAUCGGAAUUGCCGAACGACCAAAUAUUCCUGGCGACGUUCCGCGUGACGCAGGGUGACGCCUUCAACCCCGAGCUCGCGGACCCGAGCACCGAUGCCUUCCGCCAGAGGUCGCGCAGCUACCGGGACCGCAUCAACCUGGCCUUCCGUCGCAGUCCCCUGCAGAUGUCCUUCGUCGCUGCGGAGAUCCUCGCACUCGAUGGAGUCGAGGGUCAGGAUCUCAUGGUACACUUCGACUUACGCUUCGACGCGCGUUACGGGAUCAUUGACACGGAGUCGAUCCUCUCGGUACUGACCAGGGAACUCACACCCGGAGCCUCGCGUUUCUUCGCCAAUCUGACGAUCGACCCGGGCAGCCUCGAGGUUCAGGAGAGCGCGAGCGCCACGAGUAAUCUCGCCCUUGCGACCAACGCUUCUGUUCCCGAGGAAGUCGUUCCGACGACGAUUGCUCCGAGGCCACCCAGGAGAUGCAGCCCCAUCGAGUUCACCUACUGCAAGCAUCUGCCCUACAACCUCACGUCCUACCCUAAUCUCCUUGGACACGCUAACCUCCAGGAGGUCAACGACGACAUUAUCGCCUUCAGGGAAUUAGUGGACGCCGAGUGCUACAAACAAGCCUACGACUUCAUAUGCCAGGCACUGCAACCCGCGUGUCUCAACCUCGCUGGCGACGAUGAGGACGCCCUGAGUCCACCUUGCCGCGGCUUCUGCAAGGAAUUUUGGGCAGGAUGUGGUAGCCGCCUCUCGGAGCGCCUUCGCGCCAUUCUCGACUGUUCCAAAUUUCCUGAAUAUGCUGACCUUGGCAGCUGCAAAUCCAAACCGGGCUGCAUCCGUGAGCUCCAGACGAAGGCCCUGUCGUCACGCAUCUGCGACGGCGUGAUCGAUUGCCCGGACUUCUCGGACGAGAGGGACUGCGCUUACUGCCGCGAGGGCCACGUGCACUGCGGAAUCGGCACCACAUGCAUACCCCGCUCGAGUCGCUGCGACGGCAAAAUCGAUUGUCCCAACGCCAGCGACGAGAAGGACUGCCUUUCGCUGGCCCCGAGUCUAAAGUUCCUGAAGCUCCAGCCGUCGGAUAGCGCACAUCCCUCGCGCUACACCGACGAGGGCUACGUCGUGUUCAACGAGAAGGGCACCGUCGGCAAAAUCUGCACGGACAACUUGAACAACACUCUCCCGGACACGGAAAUGCAAUCCGUCCUCCAGUCGACCGCCCAGUCGCUCUGCAGCCUCAUGACCUUCGAAGGCGUCAAGUCGGUCGAAGUGCGAACUGACGAAGAGGAUGGCGUGCCAUACGUCCUCAUGCAGGAUCCCACUGCAGCAGAAAUAACGUUCGUCAGGGCGCCCUGCCCAAGCAAACAAGUCAUGUACGUCCGCUGCACCGAUCUAGCAUGCGGCAUCCAGGGGAUCCGUAGCAAGAGCAGCCCCGGAGCGAGUAAGAGCCUGGGUAAAAUCUCCGGGCCGGGCGACUGGCCCUGGCACGUGGCCCUCCUCAAAGAGGACAACCACGUAUGCGACGCGACGCUCGUUGCCUCCGCCUGGCUCCUCACCACCGCCUCCUGCUUUCAAGGGCAGCCGAAGGCCGAGUGGUCGGCGAGGCUGGGCGCCGUCAGGCUGAGCAGCAGCUCACCUUGGGAACAGGAGCGCUGGAUAGUGGGGAUGGUGAAGUCGCCUGUCGAGGGUAGCAGUCUCGUGCUUCUGAAGAUGGACCGUCCGAUCACGGCCUUCUCGGACUUUGUGCGACCGGUUUGCCUGCCGUCCGGGGGCCCCGCGAGCAACGACACCCACUGCAAUACCCUUGGCUGGGCCAAAAACCGUGAUUUAUUACAAAGAGUUCAGUUAAGGUACAAUGCAAUGGAAAAAUGUGAAAAUGUUAGUAUAGCUUCGGUAAACAGCGUUUGCACUGAAGCUGUUUAUCCAACCGACGAUUGUACAGAGGAGGAGGUCGCGGGCAGUCCUCUGCUCUGCCUCGAGGCUGACGGUCGUAGAUGGAGUCUCGCGGGUGUCGGCAACUGGCGCAUCGCCUGCUCCAAAUCGGGAGCCGAGCGGCCGCGGCUCUACGACCAGGUCGCCUCCAAUCUCGCCUGGAUCAAGUCCACCGUCGGCUAAUCGACUCGCCUGUCCACACGGAUAACAAUCCCUUAUUAUAGCGACGUCUCGAUGCAGCUUGUACUCGGCGAUGGUCAGGGCUUCUUCCUCCCACCGACGGCCGACGUUGCUGCUCGUUCGGUAUAGGGCUACGAUGGGACGGAGUGGUGGACGAGCGGUUGGAUGGAGUUGGACGGCGGGGGGA